GUUGAGUCGUAAAGCCGCACAGACGAUCCAACAACAGUACUUGUUUAGCGUACACAUAUACUUGAGCGCCGUAUGUUGGAGUGUUCUUGAAGUUUGUUAAUCAUUUUCAUUAUAACUUAAACAUCUCGUGCAAUAUAUCGCGUGUGCAGUUAAAAGUUGACUGUGAUAAUAAUAAUGCAAAAUUUGAUUUAAAACAAUGGUUUGAAUAUAAUGAUUUGUCUGCUUAUACAAGACAAAAAUGCGGAGGUACAGUUUUGUUGGUUUGCAUUUUUUGUUGCUCUUGGCAUGUGCAGUGGCCCAAGAGGGCAACCAAUUAAGUUGUAGUGAUGAUAACACAGCAGUAACAUGGACUUGUAUUGCCGUUGUCGUGCUCGCCCUUUUCGUUGUCGGCAUGAUUGCUUGGAAGCAGCGAGGGCAAAAUACAUUGUUUUAUCUGCCCUGUUGCUGGAAACCAGAGAAAAAUCUAGUUUUGGAAACUGUCAAUGAUAAAACAGAGAAAAACAAAGAAUAUAAUUCAACAGAAUACGCAAUUAAUAAUGGAAAUUUUGGUGAAAUAACUCCUGUGACGGCACAAGUGACUAUAAAAUUUGAAAAAACAUUAGAUAAUCAAACUGUGUCAGAACACCGUUUUCUAGACGAAUUGCAGUCGUUAACCGCACGUUAUCCUGGAAUAAUUGUUGAUGUUGUGCCGAAUGAUAUAGCAAAAAACAAUAACAAUUCCGUUAAAGAAGGUAUAACAAAAUAUUACCGCAAUGCGGUAUCAGCGAUACGAGAAGUUACUCGUUCCAAAAAUAAUUCUGUUGUUGUUAUGGAAAAAACUACCACAAAAUGCAGCAACAACACUGCUGAACAAACAUUAGAUGAACCUGAUGGUAAACGUGAAACGGUCAUACAAAUUACAGACGAUAUAAGCCAUACCGCACCUCAAUAUCAUAGUCUAGAAUAUUCUGCAGCUGAACAACCUAAAGAAGACCGCUUAGGAAAAGUUAUGAUUGAUGGAGAAGUUCAAAAUAGUGUCCACGACCAAGAAAAACUGCCUGUAGAUGUUUUGAGAGAUAAUGAAAAAUCGGACGAAGUUCCGCCUGAUGUAGAAACCAAACAAACAGGAAAAGAAUUACCAAAGAACGAAAUGAAAUACAAUGGUGAAGUUUCAUUUAUUAACGAAAAGAUAAAUAUUGGGGAAGACUUAGCUGGUAGUAAAAAAACACAUAACGAUGAAAUUCAAAUUAUUAGCGAAAAGAGACAACCUGAAGAAACUUUGCUUACUAGUAAUAGAAAACAUAAUUUUACGAUUUCAAUUAACGAAGAGAAGAAUGAUUUCAAGGAAGUUCCUUUAAACGACGUUAAUAAUCUGCAGCAUGAUGAGCCUCUGGUAAACAGUGAAAAUAAUCGUCGUGAGGAAUUGAAUGGCAAAGAGAAAUCGCCGCCACCGCCUCCACCGCCUAGAAAACAUAGUUUAGCAUCAGAAUCAGUGAAUAGAACUGUUGCAUUAGGUAACCGCCAAGAAAUUGAAAUUGAAAAAUCACCGUCAUCCGACCACGUCAAAGUUGUUGACAGUAUAAAUGAAAAUGAUGAGUUCGCAUUGGAUAAUACAGAUAAUAGUACAGUAGGCAGUAGCAUGGAAGAUGGUGUUUCUUAUAAUAUCAAUGAUAUAACCGACAGUGGAAUAUUAAUUGAAGACACUACUAUACCAUCUUCCGAUGAAGAUAUGGAUAACAUUUAUCCAGUAUCGCCUCGGAGGCCUAUUAGCUUAAACGGCGAUAUUCAAAAUGAUUUCCAUGAUAUUUAUGAUACAUGUGAGGGAGGUAAUAAGACUAUUGCUUCAAAUAAUGCAACACAAACAAAAAAACAACCAAUCGAAACUCAACCAAUCACAUUAAGCAAUAAUUUUAAGUCUGAAUCAAAGUCACCCGUAACUCCUGAUAUCAAAGAGCAUCAAUCAUUUUCAAAAGUGCUACACACGUCAGAAAAUUCACCUUCAGAACAACAAAAAAUCUCUGCAUCCACUACAAAAGUACCUAGAGUAAUACAACCCCAUAAAUCUCCCAUUGCAUCUACUAGUACGAUACAAGGAAAUCUUGUAGUAUCACCAUCUAAAAUUCCAGUACGUAGAUCGUCUUCUGGAAACAAUGGUUUAAGUGUAACAAACACACCUAAUAUGGCACCCCCUAAAAAAUGGACACCGCCAACUAACAGCUCGGUGUCAAAAUUAAUUAACAUAAAUAAUUGUGAAGUAUCUAAAUCCUACAGAAUCUUUCAAAUCAAAAUUGUUAAAACUAUGGAAGAUAUUUCUUCCGAAGAAAUUGUUUCAUUAGAAUCGAAAAAAUGUAAAAAUAGUAAGAAAGGAAUAGUUUAUUUAUCAACAAUACCCAAAUAUAUGAAUGUAACUAAAAUCAAAGAAUUAUUAGAAGAAUACGGAAAUAUUGGAAGAGUAUUUUUACAACCAGCUACUAACCCUAAACUAAAGAAGAGGCCUGCCAAACAUUUCACUGAAGGAUGGGUAGAGUUUGAAAAAAAAAAGGUUGCAAAGCAAGUAGCUGAGUUACUAAAUGGAAGAAGAAUCGAUAUUCGUAAAAGGUCUAAAUAUUUUGACAGUGUAUGGAACUUAAAAUAUUUACCAAGAUUCAAAUGGGUUCAUUUAAAUGAACGAUUAGCUUAUGAAAAAGCUGUUCGAAAACAUCGUCUUAGAGCAGAAGUUUCUCAAGUUAAAAGAGAAGCUAAUCAUUUCUCUUCAAAUAUUAUUAAAAGUGAAAAAAAUAGGAUUUCUCGGUGUUCAAAUUUAAAUGUUCAACAAAGACAAAGACAACCAGAAGACAUAAUUAUUAACAGCAAAAAAAACCAAGAUUCAGAAUCUAGAAUAGAUUUUUUGAAUAAAUUAUUCAAUUGAAUUUUUCAA